GUGAUGUUGGAUAGUACCGGACACAUGGACGCUUUGAGUGAGGUAAGACACAUACUGAAACCUCACAGGUUGAUUUGUAUUGGAGAUUGCCGGACACAUAGACGUGUUGAGUGAGGAUAGCUGCAUACUGAAAGCUCACAGAUGGAUUGGUUUUUGAGUUUGCCAGACACAUAGACGCGCUGCGUGGGGAUAGCUACAUACUGA